CAUGCGAGUCAGUAUCAAUUUUGAACAGCUUGUGGAUUAACCUGUAGUUAAUAUGAAGUUCCUGGGACUCUUGUUGUUGGCUCUGUGCCUGCUGAUGGGAAUCUUCGCCGAGGAGAUCGAGAAGACCGAGAAGCAGCCGAUAUGCCCCUGUUCGCGUAACUUGGAUCCGGUCUGUGGCAGCAAUUUCCAAAGCUAUAACAAUCGCUGUCUCUUUGAAUGUGCACGCCGCAGUUUUGAGCGCCAAGGACGCAGCCUACAACUGCUGAGAAGCGGCAAUUGUUAAAGCCGCUGGAUGGAUUAUUCACAAUAUUCUUUUAUUUAUGAAUGCAAGCAUCAAAUACAAAAAAAGAA